GUGUCGGCCAAACUUUGCAGAUUGUUUUUGUUGCCCCCUUCACCUAAGGUUUCCAACCUCCCCUUUAAGGAUGUUCGUGUAGGUGACUUCAGCCAAUGAUGGGACCCUGUAUUCCACAGAAAGACCCAGUGAAACUUGAGCUGCUAGUUGUUUAAAGGGCUAUUCUCCCCCCACUCACAAGCCCCAAUCUCUUCGGACUCGUUAGCAUAUCACGUGCCAGAACCUUAAUGAACUGGACACACGGGUCUCGGUUGCGCAUGCGCUCACGUAAAAUGUAGUUGGAAAUGAGGUGUCGGUCUUGGAGUAGUCGACUUUUAAAAACCAUCGGCAGCCCCUGAUAUGACAACUUCACUGGUUCUGCAUCCACGCUGGGCGGACACCUUGAUGUACGUUUAUGAAAAAAGCCCGAAUGAAAAUAAUCCGAAUAAAAACCAAACAAUGGAGGGACUGAGCGGGAAUUGCCCGGCGACCCACUGCAGGGACCUGAUGUCGCACCCCGGGUUGGGGCGACAUUCUGGCACUAUAGCGACUCACCAGGGCUCGGUGUACUCGGAUAUAUCUUCCCCAGACACCGGCCGACAGUGUCCUGCUCCCCAAACUUCCUCCAGUGCAUCUCUGAGCUACGGUUAUCCGUUUGGAAACCCUUAUUACGGUUGUAGGUUAUCUCACUCGCACAACGUGAACUUGCAGCAGAAGCCCUGCUCGUACCACCCUGCAGAGAAAUAUGCCGACCCCCACACCGCGUUGCCCACCGAAGAGGUGUCUAGCAGGGCGAAAGAGUUCGCCUUCUAUCCCAGUUUUCCUAGCUCGUACCAAGCGGUUCCUGGAUAUCUAGACAUGUCUGUGGUGCCCGGGAUCAGCCACCCCGAACCCAGGCACGACGCAUUGAUUCCUAUGGAGGGCUACCAGCACUGGGCUCUGUCGAAUGGCUGGGAUGGGCAGGUGUACUGUUCCAAGGAGCAAACACAGUCCACUCAUCUUUGGAAAUCACCAUUUCCAGACGUAGUCCCUUUGCAGCCUGAGAUCAGUAGCUACCGUCGUGGACGUAAGAAGCGGGUUCCCUACACCAAGCUCCAAUUGAAGGAGCUGGAGAAAGAGUACGCUGCCAGCAAGUUCAUCACCAAAGACAAAAGAAGACGCAUCUCCGCUGGGACCAACCUCUCAGAGCGCCAAGUCACCAUUUGGUUCCAGAACCGACGGGUGAAAGAGAAGAAAUUUGUCUGUAAAUCCAAGACUAGUAAUCACACGCCUACUACUUGAUAGAUUUCCGGCCCAUUGUACACUGCAGCUGAUAUCCAUCCCACCGUCUUUCAAUCCAUAAUUUACCUCUUAGAGACAACCAAGCCUGAAGAAUACUUCGGCAGUGUGUUUUAUUUAAGUUCCAACAGUCCACACAUCCAUGCCAUCACCAACCGCUCUU